GUGCGCUUUGAAUACAGGUUUACAAAUCGACAAAUUGAAAUCACCAUAAAUAAAUGGCGGAAGAUAGCAUGAGAACGGCACACUGUUGGUGUUGCUGAUCGUGGACGGUUCCGGUUAUCGUCAUAAUUUCUGGGAAUCUGGCGCGGAGUUUGUGAGAAAGCUAAUGUGAAUUGUGUUCUAAUCUUUAUUUUGAACGUGCAGUUUUAGAAUGAGUUCGACAGGCAGUAUUGGGCAUAGAGGAAGUGGGGUUGCGGAAGAGCAGGUGUUAUUGAACGAGAUGCCGUCCCGCAACGGUGUGACAAUAACGCCUACUCGAACACCUAUUGGAAAGAGAGGGACAGAAUUUGAGAAGCAGCCUUUUCUGACAACGGAGCCUGUGCGACUGACUCCUGCAUGGGAGGAGACCAACUUGCCCAACGAUGAGCUCAAUUUCAAGGAAGUCACUAUGGAGAAUGCACAACUUGAGAUGAAUCCUCCCCAUGACAGACUGAAACUGGUGUACCUGACACUGAUGUUGCAUGGAAUCGGAACGCUGAUGCCAUGGAACAUGUUUAUUACUGCCAAGGACUACUUUGUGGAGUACAAGCUGAGUCAAAACUACACAGGGUUGGAAUCCGACUAUGUGACCAAUUUCAUGCCUUUUAUAGGAUUCGCAUCUCAAGUGCCCAAUUUAAUUUUCAACUGGCUCAAUAUUUUCUUGCAAUUAGGAGGAAACCUAACGACUCGCAUUGUCUGGACCUUGUUGGUGGAAGUUAUUGUGUUUGUGGUUACUGUUAUUCUUGCUAUGGGAGAUUCCUCUCAGUGGCCUGGUAUCUUCUUCUGGGUCACUAUCGGCUCUGUCAUUAUCCUCAACAUGGCAAAUGGAAUCUAUCAGAACACUGUGUAUGGCAUAGCUGCGAAACUGCCGUUCAAAUACACUGGUGCCAUUGUACUGGGAUCGAAUGUUUGUGGGACAUUCACUGCCAUCGUCAGUAUAAUCUCAAGUGCGGCUGCUCCCAACCCUCGAACUGCUGCAAUCUACUACUUCAUCGCAGCUCUGUUUGUCCUGCUCGCUUGCAUGGACACAUAUUUUGCUCUACCCUUAAAUAGGUUUUACCGUUACCACGAAAUGCUGAACCAGAAGGAGAUGGCAAAGCGGCGACCCAACAGUCUCGGGAGUGCUCCGAGAAUUCCUUACAGCAAAGUGUUCCUACAGUGUUUCCCUCAGUGCUUCAACGUGUUUUUCAUAUUCUUCGUCACACUGACAGUGUUUCCAGCUAUCCAUUCAGAUAUAAAACGGGCGGACAGCAAUUUCUUUGUGGGUGAGAAAUACUACACUCAUAUUACGUGUUUCCUGACAUUCAACUUGUGCGCUUGUAUAGGAAGCUGGCUGGCGACAUUCGGGUCUUGGCCUAGUUCACGAUGGGUGGUGGUGCCGGUGGUCCUCAGGGUUCUGUUCAUCCCGAUAUUCCUGAUAUGCAACUACCAGCCCCUGAAGAUGGUACGGUUGUUCCCCAUCCUUAUUGUCAACGACUGGGUUUAUUGGUCCAUUGCGGUGGUCUUUGCUCUCUCCAGUGGUUACUUCAGUUCUGUCUGCAUGAUGUACUGCCCCAGGAUGGUUAAACCGGAACACGCAUCAAUCGCGGGGAUGUUUGGUGCUGCUUCGCUCAUCACAGGCAUCUUCAGUGGCAUCAUGUUUUCGGCUGUGAUGCCUUGGUUUGUGUCCACCGUUUCCUGGUCUUGGCUCGAGUCCCUCGGUCAACUGUAGAUGACUAGUACGGUGACAAUACCGGUAGCUUCAACUAAGAAAAUAUGUUUCUCAAUCCAAAACCUGAACGCAUUUAUAGAUCUCUUUUAUUUGCUUGACGAAUUUUAAAUGAUGGUAAACAUUUCAUUCCUGCAUAAAAAAACCGGCCAGUACAGUACAGAAACUGAGUUAACUGGCUUUCCGCUCGUGAAAUGAACUCUCGGUUCAUUACUAGAGAAAAAGUAAAAUUAACACUUAAAAUUUCAUACUUAAAUACACAAUGCAAGUGGAGGAAUUUUUACUGUGUUAACCCAAAUAAAAUUGCCUGGAGAGGAGAUGUAUGGAUAUUUCUAGUACAGUCUCCACCGUACCGUACCUGUCGCACCUUGUAGCUAUAAAUAGGGCAUAUCUUCCUUAAGUCACUCGUUUCGAUAGAUUGUCACCGCACAUUGUGGCUUAUAGUAGGUAGAAGAUUUGCAGUUAAUCUCGACAUUCAAAAUGUUAAUCUUAUUGAGUUGAUUUAUCAUUAAUAAAUAUUUAGUUAGUAGUAUUUAUAUUACACAUGAUUUAUAUUACUGUGACUAAGUGUGUAUUGUUUUUAAAAACCAAUACAUUUGAAAUUAAAUUAAAGUAAUGCAUACUAUGUUUUAUGUAAAAAGUUCAUUGAACACAUUGUUUUCUUUUAUUAUUUAACAUUUUUAUGAAGUAAUUGAUUUUAUUGACUACUGUAGAUUUUAAUUUAUUUCUAGAUGACUUAAUUUAGAGUUCUCGGAAAAACAAUUGAGUCACUUAAAAAAAAUGUGUAUGUGUUUUGUAAAGUAUGAAUUUAGUAAUAUAUUCAUAAUUUAACUUACAUGUCAAAUUUAGUAGAAAUCAAACUAUGAAUUGGUUAUUUGCAAAUUUAAGCAAACUUAAAAUUAAUCCUACAUAAUUAUUGAAUAAAAUUUAUUAAAGACAGUUUAUGACAUUUUGUGAAAUGUGCAAUUAAUUGGUUAUGUAUAAGUUGUACAAAAUGUAACCAAAUCUAUAGAGCUCUUUAAAAAAAGUUAGAUCCAUCUCAUAAAAAACUGAUUUUAUGUAAAAUGAUCCUUAAAAAUAAAACAGUUUGAAAAUAUAAAAAAUCUUGUGGUAUUCAUAGAUUUACAUGCAAAAUUUGAAUUCAUUAAUGUGAUGGCUAAGCUUUUAUGUUUACUUAUAUACCUAUAUAGAUACAUUAACUUGGUGUUUUUUUCAUAACAAUUUUUUUAUUUGCGGGCUAUAUAGCGCACACAUUGUUAAUAAAGCCGAUAAAGAAUUGUUUGCGUGAAAUAUUCUCAUCUUCCAUAUCAUUUAUAGAGAGAACAUUAAAAAACUAACGAGGAUUAAUACAAAAUCGUAUACUGCAAAUAAUAAUUAUAUCUUUUGCAAAAUUUGUAUCUACCGUUUUAAAAGUCCGUAUAGUAGAGGAAGGGAAUUAAGUUUUUUAAAUAAUAGUUUUCAUUUCACCAUAUUUAGAAACACCUUGUGCCUACCUUACUGUGUUACACCUUAAAAUGUGUAUCUAAAAAAUUUCAAAUCAGUAGUUUUAAAUAUACGUUUGUGUGACAAAGAAUAAAGAAAACUGCUUCCCUGAAAAGUCACCCACCGAUAGUAGGAUAGUAGAAUUGUUUGAAGGUGAAGGAGAAAAGGGUGAUGUAAAAGUGACUCAUCUUUUUUUCCAUGUCCUCUUCUUUUCUGUUUCUCUCCUAAUUACAUUUCAAGAUGUGUGGCUUAGAGUUAUUUAUUUAUUUAUUUACAUAUGUACAUUUGUAUAUAAACAUUGUGAGUUAUGGAUUAUUAUAAAAAAAAUGGGUUACAAAUUGUCAGAGUAUCGAGUCUCUGUGGUUAGUAAUAAUAAAAUAAAGUUUACAAAAGUCAAGAUAGAACUAAAAUAGCAAUAAUUUGUCUAAGAUAACAGUUUUCAUAUUUAAGGUAAAUGUACAUAAUAAAUAAGAAAGUCGUAUAUUGCUCUGUAUAACUUUGUUAAUUUGUCUGCAAAAAUGUCAUCAUUAUAUAAAUAAACAGCAAACAUUUGACUAAUUUAAGGUUCAAUAUAAUAUUUUACUGUUUCGGUUUUAGUUGGGAGUUGUUUUAACCCUUCCCAUGUCGUAGACGGAUAUAUCAGAACGGCAGACUUUGACCAAAACGCCAAAUACAGUUAUAUC